AUAAACACACGCGUUAACUGCCUGAACAACCAUUUUUUAUUGGAAUUUAACCUCAUUUUAUAAAUAUUAUUUUUCGAAUAUCAAUUUGACAAUUUUGUAGAGUUCUGUAAAAUUAGAUAAUGAAUAAUUACAAGAACGUAUAGAGAAAUAUAGUAGUGAAGUAUAGAAGCAUUUUAAAAAAACAAAUCUUAUUCCAGAAAUGAAAUAUUUUGUGUUGCUCGAUUGAUACACUAGUAUAGUAAAGUAAGGGAAAAAUUAGUAAUUUAAAAAAAAAAUAUUUAGACUCUAACUAUGAGUAUCACUACAAUUAACAAUAAAAAUAUUAUACAAAGAAAGAUUUUCUUACCUGAAGUUGAUAUUACAGUAUUACUUAUUGCAAUUCCAAAAAAUUGCCUACUCACAGAUAUAUAUCGAUCAACAAAACAAUUGAUUUAUACAACCAUUCAAAGCACUCAACAAUCCUUGUGUGAAUACAGUAUAUUUUUAGUAACAGAGGCUAGUAUUUUUGAUACAAAGAUAUUGUUAACUUUAUAUGAAGUGCUAAAGUAUAAGAUAAUAUAUUUUAUAGACUGUCUGUUAAUAGAUUUUUAUGAAAAAAAUGUAUUUCAAUAUAAUUUAAUAACAAUUCAAACCUCACAAAGAGUGCACUAUCAGGGUUUUUUGAAAUCAAACAGUAAUCUCGCUUGUAAGGAAAUCUUCAAAUAUCAAUUAAUACAAAAACUGUUAAUAGCUAUAUGCAAUGCAUUAUGGUAUUUCUAUGGAACAUGCAUAACUGAUAUGUUUUUGAUGCUAAAGUGCAGUAACAAUUCAAAUAUUGAUAGUAUGAACAGAAACUUUUGUAUAUGUAAUGUAGAAGAUACUAAUUGUAAUAUUGAACUCUAUAAAUUUAAGAUUCUUUUAGUAAUUCAAUCAAAACAUAUACAAAGAUACUAUAAUUUUCAAAGUCAUCUUUACCAAUUGUUGACUCAUCGAAGACAACAUUUACAGUAUGAGUCUAGUGAAACGUUGCAUCCACUACCAUGCAAUAACAAUUUCUUAUAUAGCCCGACUAUAUACCAAAAUUUUGAUUGUUGGAAAGCUGUAUGGAAUUAUUAUCAAAUUUUUUUUAGUAAUAUUUUGCUUACAAGUAAGAGUUUUCCAAAGCAGACUACUCUGACUUUUAAAAAAUCUGGAAAAAGAAGAUUAGAUUUUUUAAAAUAUACAGUAUCUGAAAUUAGAAGAAAACUGAAAGGUACUUUAUAUCACAAUUUAACAAAUAGAGUCAAUACAUUAGUAUCCAAUCAAGAUGUAAAUAGCAGUAAUACUACCUCUAAUGAUAAUAAAUCCGAGUAUGAAACUAUGGAAGUUCACAAAGAUUUGAAAAAGUAUUGGGUUAAACGUUAUCGUUUGUUUAGUAAAUUUGAUGAUGGAAUAAAACUCGACUACGAAAGUUGGUUUUCAGUCACACCUGAGAAAAUAGCUAUUCACAUUGCUGCAAAAUGCAAAAGCGAUAUAGUAAUUGAUGCCUUCUGUGGUGCAGGAGGAAAUACUAUUCAAUUUGCAAAUUCCUGUCACCAAGUGAUGUCCAUUGAUAUUGAUUUACAAAAACUACAAAUGGCACGUCAUAAUGCAAAAAUUUAUGGUGUAGAUAACAAAAUAGAUUUUAUUUUAGGCAACUUUAUCUGCUUGGCUGAAAGCCUCAUUGGAGACGUAGUUUUUCUAAGUCCUCCUUGGGGUGGACCAAAGUAUGUCAAGAAAAAUGUCUUUGAUUUGAAAGAUAUAAUGGAACCCUAUGGAGGAGAAAAAUUACUAAAGACUGCACAGAAGAUUUCCAGAAAUGUUGCUUACUAUUUGCCUAAAAAUAUUGAUACUUCACAGUUGUUGCAUGCUGCAGGUUCGGAGUCGAGAGUUGAAGUAGAGAAAAAUUUUUUAAAUGAUCAAGUUGUUGCAGUGACAGCUUAUUAUGGCAAUUUAGUUGAUAAAACUGUGUGAAGUUUUAAGUCUUUAUGACUACAUUUAUUGCAUAAUUUAUACAAACAUUUUUUGUGCACAGAAGGGUGUUUUAACUUCCGAUUGAAUCAGUAACAUUUGCAUAAAAUGAGAUACUAAUUCAAUAUACCACAUCAAAUGAAAUUUUAUAAAAAAAAAUCAAUUUAUAAGAUUAUUAGCAAAUAAAUAAUAU